CACAUUCCCCUUCAUUCAGGGCUUAGAUCCCGCAAGGACGUAAAGUAUGGUGCCAGCACUCUAAACACCGGCGGGGGUCGUGUGUGUGCAGAGAUACGGAGAGCAUUGUGCGCCUGCAGGGGGACCGGGAGCCCCUCUAGCACACACAGCCCCGGACAUGGCGGCCCCGCUGGCACAGUUUGACGAGGACUGGCAGGACUUCUAUGAAUUCCGUCCUCCGUCCUCUUCUCCCGGGACGAAGAACUGUCUGGAUACGGUGAACUUCAACUCCCCCGCGGCGGAGCCCCCAGAGGGCGGCCUGGAGGACCUCACCGAGCUGGACAACAACUUCUCGGUGGACAUCAUGGGAGGCUUCAAGUCCAUGGAGGAUCUGGUCAACGACUUCGACGAGAAGCUGACAGUGUGUUUCCGCAACUACAGCACCGACACCGGCCACAUAGCCCCGGUCCGGCCCAUCACCGAGGAGGGCAUCAUGAAGGAUGACGAAAUUUGGAACGCUUUAACCGACAACUAUGGCAACGUAAUGCCUGUGGAUUGGAAGACGUCUCACACCAGAGCCUUGCACUUACCCACACUUAACCUUUUGGAGAAAGCGGUGGACAGUAAUUUAAACCUCGACUUGUCUGAUGAUGAGGAGCUGAGGGAACAACUAGAUAUGCAUUCGAUAAUCGUGUCCUGUAUAAAUGACGAGCCUCUCUUCACGGCUGAGCAGGUUAUUGAAGAAAUUGAGGAAAUGAUGCAAGAGUCUCCUGAUCCCGACGAGGAUGACACUCCCUCUCAGUCAGAUCGGCUCUCGAUGCUUUCACAAGAGAUUCAGACACUCAAAAAGUCCUCCACCAAUAGUAGCUAUGAAGAGAAAGUGAAGCAGAUGUCUGUCUCAGAGUUAAAUGAUCUUUUGGAGGAAAUUGAGAUGGCCAUUAAGGAUUACUCGGAGGAGCUGGUGCAACAGCUGGCCUUACGGGAUGAGCUAGAGUUUGAGAAAGAAGUGAAAAACAGCUUCAUCUCUGUCCUCAUCGAAGUGCAGAACAAACAGAAAGAGCACAAGGAGAAUGUGAAAAAGAAGAGAAGGCUCAAAUCGAGCAGCACACAGAAUGGCAAACAAGAGAAGAGUCAUCUGCCAGGAACGUAUUUAACAACUGUUAUUCCUUAUGAAAAGAAAAAUGUCCCUCCUUCUGUUGAAGACCUCCAAAUACUAACUAAAAUUCUCCGUGCAAUGAAAGAUGACAGUGAGAAAGUCCCAACGUUGCUAACAGACUACAUUUUAAAAGUUCUGUGUCCUACCUAAUGGUUCCUGGCUGCCGAGGAGGUCAUCUCUUGUGUAUAGGAUGCAUUUUCCCUGGAUCAUUUCCACUCCGUCAGCAGACCUAGUAGCUGAAUCUGCAUUCAUCAGCAUCCCAUUUCUAUGCGUCAAUUGGUAUUUUGAGCAUGUUGAUAUAAGUACCCAGCUGUUCAUGUCGUCUGUGAUAGCAAGUAUUAUGGGAUCCCUAUCGUAAUGGUGCAGAAUACAGGGAAUGUGUGUCCCAUUCCCCCCUUCACAAUCGGGGCAUGCUCUUCCUAAAAUAGUCCUAUGUGCGACUUCAGAGUAGAACAAAUGUACAGUUUUAGCCUGUUUUUAUGUGUUGAAUUCUAUUUUUACAGUAAGUACAAGCAAAAACAAAAAAGUCACUUUUAAUGGGUGGAAAGACGGACGUUUCUUAUUGUCAUUAUUUUUUCAAAUGGAUUUUGAUGGUCCGCUAGCUCAAUGCAGUAAUAUGUUGUAUUUUGUCUAUUGUACAAAAGGGAUCAUAUACAAAUUGCACUGAUUGUAUACACACAUUCUUCUGGUUACAGAGUGCAGUCAUACUAAAACUGUAGGUCUCUAAUUUUUUAACAUUUAUCUUUUGAUGUGAUGGCCUGUGUCUUUAAAGGCUAUGGACACCUUCGUGGCAAUUUUUAUGAUUGAAUUUUACAAAUUUUGGGCUAAAAAUAAUUUUUAUUAAAAAUGUUCAGCCAUUUUUGUGUUGCAGGGGUUAAAAAAAAUCAGUCUGUUUGCAGAGUAUCACUUCUCAGUCCUGUCAGCUGACAGUUUAUGGGAAGCCUGAUAAGAAUAAGUGUUUAAUGAGAAGUGUUGAGCGAUCUUGUGUUUCAAGUUUAGCGUACAAGGUUCGGGUUAUCCAAGAAUCUCGUUAUAGAUUUCGCUACCACGGACCAUAACGGAAUUCGGAAUCCUUAACGGAAUUCUUCCAUAACUCGAACCUUGUACGUCGAACUUGAAAGCAGAAGUUCGCUAAUCCCUAUUUAUGGGGUCAACAGAACAGAGAUAUAGCUUCACAUGAGCGGUCAACUGACCGGACUAAGAAGUAACAUUCUACAAACAGAAUGAUGUUUUAAACGGCUGAACAUAUUUUUUUUAUAAAGACUAGUUGAAAGAAUUAUUUUAGCCCCAAAAGACCAUCUUAAAAACUUGACCCAAAGGCGUUUGUAGCCUUUACAUUAAAGCUCUACCAUUGAUUGAUAAAUUUUGGCUAUAUAGUCAGCAAAUAUAAAUUCUAGAAAAUUUUGUAGUUUUCUUUUGUUUUUCAGUACAUUGUAUUCAGUUAAUAAAAUGGUGAUAUGUAGAAAUCACCAACUGCUGUUGACAGAUUGUGUUCUAUCUUAUUUGUGUGAAUACCUACAGCUAGACUCUUUAACAUGUGCUUACCUGAUGCAGGUUUGUGCAUGGUUUGAUUAAAAUAAAAACAUCUAGCAUUUGCAUCAGGUAUUCAUGUGUUAAGGAGCCAAUCUGCUUGUUGAUGGUUUCCAUGUAGCAAGAUUAGAUUUUUAAAGAAAUGCUAGCUUUUACAUUUGCUGACUGUUAGUGGUGAUGCACACAGAUGUUUUUGUGACAAUAUACUGUACAAUCCUAUUUGUCUGUUGACAGACAUUAAAAAAAAUGUGUAUGGAAAUAUCUCAUUUAUAACCGCUUCCUGUCCCAGCACUGACUAGUCACAUCCUCAUAGAUUUUCUGUGCAGACUCGAAUAGCCGUCUUCCUGUUCCUCCUCUCGCAGCGUUCCAGUGCUCCCCCUCUCCCUGUCUUUUUGCCGCUGACAUCAGCCUUGGCAAUGGCCAGUAAUUCCUGAGCUAAUACUUGGUUACCGGCCGGCGUUUACCUAGAAUAACCCCUUCAAUGCUGAUAAUUGUGCCGACGAGAGGGCUCCCUCUGAUUGUAUUGACAGCCUGGACUGUCCAGAAGUAUUAUGUUAGAAGGAUUUCCGGUCUCCGAAUCGGAUUUUAAACAAAAUGUUAAAAACAAUUAUAAAAAGUCUUUUGUUAAUAAAAAAACAAACAAAAAACUUGUGAAGCA